CGUAAAGUUGUGUUACGUACCACUCUUGUUUGUGUGUAAGGUGAACGCGGGAAUUUCGUCGGAAGUUCGCUGUGGUGUACGAUGGUUGGGCUAAAUUAAACAUUGACAAAUAUUUGAAUGACUGCGUGUGAAAUUGACAUGAAAAAGAAUUUCGAUAAAUAUUUAAGUUUCGCCUUUUCGCACACCAAAGAAAGUUUACUGCGCGCAAAAUUGGCGGGAAAAUUUAUGUGAGUCUCGACGAAUGAGUGAAAAAAGCCCCCAAGAAGUUUAUUCAAAUUCAACUUUAGCCCUGUGUCGGCGGUAAAGUGUGGUUUUUCCCCACUCACGGGAUCAUCAAAAAGACGACAAGGCGGAUGCCGGAGAAAUUUCUAAUUGAAUUGCGUAUUUAGAGGGCGUCUGCCAAAAUGGACUUUUCGAGUGAUGAUCUUCUGGCUGGUGAACCGAGGGGGAAAAACAGUGGAUACAGUGAAAAUAUUUUAUGAAGUUUUCCAAAACAUAAUUCCUGACAUUAAAAUUAAUUUAUUAUUCACAACGGACAAACAGUGAAAAUCUCUCGGGUCCCUUGUGCCACUAUGAGGGAGUGAAGAACUCGGAAAAUAGGUGUAACGUUUUCCCAUUUAUAAGAGUUCGCAGAAGAGGAAAUACGCCAUUGGUGGAAAUAUUAAAAAUUUAAAGACCGGCUGGAGCUAAAAUGAAUUUAAUUUUUGUCAUUCUCAGCUUAUGUGGAUACUACUUUCAAGUGAUUGAAACACUAAAGCUUGUGAAGGUCACAAUUCCCAGUUACAAGCUUCGUGGGGAGAAUGUGGUUCUUGAGUGUCAAUUUGAGCUGCAGGAGGUGACAAGACGACAUCCUAGCCAUCACUUUCACGACUACGAUGAUGAAAAUGCGGACGAUGGGGGCAGAGAGACGCUCUAUUCAGUAAAAUGGUACAAAGACAACGAGGAGUUCUAUCGAUUUGUCCCGCGGGCGAAUCCUCCACAGCAUAGUUACAAAGUUGAUGGCAUCAGAGUUGCUCAUGAGCACUCGAACAGCAGCCGUGUCUCGCUUCGCAACGUGAAUAUCAAAUCUUCCGGGCUGUACAGAUGCGAGGUGAGCGGAGAGGCACCCAACUUCUCAUCUGUUCAGGGGGAAGGAUACAUGGAAAUUGUGUACUUACCUAGAGAUGGACCUCACAUAUCAGGCGAUGACAGACCCUACGAGAUUGGUGAAUACCUCAAUUUUACAUGUACCUCUGGAAAGUCCCAUCCGGCCUCUGUUCUGCAAUGGUACAUCAAUGAUGAGCCCGUGGUGAACCCAGACUCAUUGAUUCAUUAUCCACCACAGCAUCACGUACAUGGGCUCAUCACGAGUCGCCUGGGGCUCAAUUUGCAACUCGAGGGACGCCACUUCCGGCAUACGGGUGCCCUUGUACUUCGAUGUGUCGCCAACAUUCUACCCCACGCAGCUCUUGAUACAGAAAUAGAUCUCGAAAGUGUCGUGCAGCGUUGGCAACCCCUCAUGGAGAAUCGGGAAGCUCUCUUUCUCGUUCGAAGUUCUUCAGAAAACCAUGUGGUGAAUGUCGCAAUUCUCGGAUUAAUAUUCUUGCGUCAAGUAUUCACCCUUUUCAUUCAUUUAAAAGAAAUGUUGCUGCAACAUCGCAUAUAAGCAUAUUAAAAGUGAUGCAGCCCAGAUGGAGGAGAGCUCAUAAUCGUGUAAAAUAUUACAUUGUACGAAAUAGAUAAUAAAUUAUAAAAUUUCUCUAAUUA